AGACGAGAUUAUUUCGUAAUGCACUUCCGGUGAAAACAUGGCUUCUUUGACAACAUGACGCUUUUCCUUUAGAAACACUGCAGGCAACAAUCAACAUGACAUCCCGUCUCAAGUUCGCCUGUGACCAGGACAAGUCUGUCCUUCUGAACAACUUCGAGACACGAGGCUGGGUGCAGGUCGGAGCAGACGAUGACUGGAACUUUUACUGGGCAAAUGUUCAGAACAUCCGGAACAUCUUCAGUGUGGACUGUGGGUACCGGCUGACAGAUGAUCAGGUGAUCAACCACUUCCCCAAUCACAUGGAGCUGACACGGAAGGAUCUGAUGGUGAAGAACAUCAAGCGAUACCGCAAGGACGUGGAGAAGGAGGGGAGUCUCCUUGCCGAGAAGGACGAACUCGGGCGAUUUGUUCACUUGGAUUUCAUCCCACAGACGUUCAUGUUGCCGGCCGACUACAACCUGUUUGUUGAGGAGUUCAGGAAGAACCCAAACACAACAUGGAUCAUGAAACCCUGUGGGAAAGCUCGAGGUAUUGGCAUCUUCCUGGUCAACAAGCUGUCACAGCUGAAGAAGUGGUCAAGAGAUGGCAAAACAACAACGUUCACUCCUCCUACUGCAAAGGACACAUACGUGAUAUCAAAGUACAUUGACAACCCACUGCUGAUUGGUGGGAAGAAGUUUGACCUGCGACUGUAUGUGCUAGUGACUUCCUUCAGGCCUCUCAAGUGCUACAUGUACAAGCUUGGCUUCUGUCGCUUCUGUACAGUCAAGUACAAUGCCAACAUCAAUGAGCUGGACAACAUGUUUGUACAUCUGACCAAUGUCUCCAUACAGAAGCAAGGGGAGGACUACAAUGCAAUCCAUGGAGGGAAGUGGACGGUGCAGAAUCUCCGCCUCUUCCUGGAGGGGACAAGGGGCAAAGAGGUGUCGGACAAACUGUUUGAUGAGAUCCACUGGCAAACAGUUCACUCACUGAAGGCUGUUUCUGGUGUGAUAUCAAAUGAUCGACAUUGCUUUGAGUGCUAUGGGUAUGACAUUAUUAUUGACGAUAAUCUCAAGCCAUGGCUUAUUGAGGUGAACGCCUCUCCCUCUCUUACUGCCACCACCUCCAGCGACCGCAUCAUGAAGUAUAAACUCAUCUCAGACGUCAUCAACAUCGUCAUCCCACCAGGAGAAGGUCCAGAUGUCCGUUGGAGCAAGAUACCUUCCAAGGAACAUUUGGGGAACUUUGAACUUUUAUAUGAUGAAGACCUGGCCCAGACUGACCUUCUGAACCAGGAAGUGAAGCGAAUGGGGGCUGCUGGGAUAGGUCCUCGAGGUGCACGAGACAGGAGAUCCACACACGCAACAUGGAAAUAAUAUCAACUACAUUCCUGAGUAAUUACAACUGCAUUCCUGAGUGAUAACAAACAACUGCAUUCCUGAGUGAUAACAAACAACUGCAUUCCUGAGUGAUAACAUACUACAUUCCUCAAUAAGUUCAUCUGCCCUGUGUGAUAAUUCAUGACAGAACUUGAUCAGGAUAGAAAUGAAAACUUUUGUGAACAGCCUCACACUGAAACCUGGCGUCAUCCAUCAUUGCUUUCUCUACUUGACCAUCUUUUGCAUCUUAUCUCUGCUUGAUGACAAUAUGCAAUUAACAGAACAGUGCCAGGAUUAAAAAUGACAUUAGGAUUGUUUUACUGUUAUAUGCCCAGUUUCACUGUUCAUCAAAUUAUGUGACUCACAUGGAAAAAGCUCUGCAUACACAUAUCCCUGCGCAGUGAUGAUUGGUUGGAAAUCAGUUAAAUAUGUCUUUGAUGUUCAUUCCCACGAUUGAAUCCGCCGAAUAAGACGAGUUGCCGAUACUGCAAACAGAGUAUUAUUCAGGUGACAAAAAGUAAUUAAAACGCCUUUAAAAUCAUUAUAUUUUCAUCAGUUUCUCAAAACUAGCCAUCCCGGAUUAUUCUGUUGUGAUAUCUACUCUGGACCCAUAGCUGUAUUUUGAACCAUAACCGAACUGCAAAAUCAUGUCAAAUAACUACCCAAUCAGAUUAUUCCCAUGGUCAAGAGGAAUCAUGUGCUGACUAAGUGGUGAUAGAUGUGAAUAUGUUACCUCAACACACAGGUCACAAAUCAGGUGAAGUGAUGGAUGGUGGUGUUCAGCAGUUUAGCUCCUGAGAGUUUCUAGGGCUUCGGUCCUGUUCCACACUGAAGGACAAGAUGGUAUUGGUGGUUAAUGGUUCCAGGCCAUUAGUGUGGCAUGGAGGCAUAAUAUCCUGGUACAUGAGAAUUGUCACUAAAAAAAACACUUCAUUUAUGUGUUAUCACAGAGAGAGAGAGAGAGAGAUCUUUCAUUACUCUACACCAGGUGUGCUCACCACAACCAUGUAAAUAUCUUCUGUAUUUAUUAAUAAACGUGAAAACUUC